GUAAUUUCUGCUGUCUGCAUUGUGAUGGAAUCACUUAAUGGCCUACUUCUGCAUAAGCAUGGCUAACUUUCGUUAUGGGAGAUGUUAUUUAUCUGAGAGUAUAAGUUCAAUCAUUUUCGAUACUCGCACGGUAUCAGAGAAGGAGAACCAGUGUUACAUUGAAGGCAUGGCUAAUGGGAAAGAGGAUUUGGUGUACCCCAAGAGUGUCUACAUAAUUGGUGGCUUAGUGGAUCGAAACCGGUUCAAAGGGAUCAACAUGACCAAGGCAUUAAAGCAGCUAAACUUACUAUAGGAGAGAGAUAGUACAGUUUAUGAAAAUGUCCAGUUCUCAGGGUCUCAACGGCGACGAGGAACAGAUCCAUGUCCGUUUCUUCCUCCUCCACGAACCCGAUGGCUGGUGAGGAGGCGAAUAACGGAGGCGUUACAAUGCUUCCGGUGGUUGAAGACAAGUACGGUGGCGUGAUGACGGAGGUUAACCAUCCCAUGGAUCCUUCUGCCUUCUCUGCACUUCUACAAUCAUCUCUCUCUACAUGGACUCUUCAGGGAAAGAAAGGAGUGUGGAUCAAAUUGCCGAGACAGCUUAUCGGUCUUGCUGAAGCUGCUGUCAAGGAGGGAUUCUGGUUUCAUCACGCGGAGAAGGUCUACUUGAUGCUUGUCUAUUGGAUUCCCAUAGUAGGGGAUACGAUUCCUUCCAAUGCUUCUCACCGUGUUGGCAUAGGUGCCUUUGUCCUCAACCACAAGAAGGAGGUGCUGGUGGUUCAAGAGAAGACGGGAAGAUUUCAAGGCCAAGGUAUCUGGAAGUUCCCCACCGGAGUAGUCAAUGAGGGUGAAUAUAUCCAUGAUGGCUCGGUCAGAGAGGUGAAAGAAGAGACAGGAGUGGAUACAGAAUUUGUCCAAGUAUUGGCUUUCAGACAGACCCACAAAGCUUUCUUUGAAAAGUCAGAUUUGUUCUUCGUGUGCAUGUUAAACCCCCUUUCUUUGGAGAUCAACGCACAGGAGACUGAGAUAGAGGCUGCUCAGUGGAUGCCGUGGGAGGAAUACACAAAGCAACCAUUCGUACAGAACCAUGAGCUACUAAGAUAUAUGACAGCCAUUUGCUCUGCUAAAACCAAAGGAGACUACGAAGGCUUCACUCCUCUCCGUGUCUCUGCACCUGAUCAACAAGGCAACUUGUACUUCAACACCCGCGACCUCCGUUCCCGCCAUUAACCCCUCUUUCUCACAACAAGCAAAGCAAGUCCCCUACAGUUUUCAUCAAACCUGGUUUCUUUGCUGCAUCUCUAUGUAAGCAUUAUGACACUUGAAUCUGAAAACAUUUGCAUUCAA